CUGAAUCAAAAGGAGAAUAAAACAGUAAACCAAAUACAUAAAUAAAUAAUAUACAAAUUUUGCCAUCUCUUGCUAGGAAAUGAAAUAUAUAUAGAGAGAGAGCAGCAAGGUUUUGACCUGCAGACCAACUAUGCAUACUUAAAGACGAGAUAGACUGGUUCUAAUUUGGAGAAAACCAAGAAUUACACAGUGCAAUUCAUCAUCAUCUGCAGGGAAAAUGACUGGAACUGGUGGCGACAACAAGAAUGGACCUGUGCACAGUUCUUCUGGGCUCAUCCACAAACCGGUUGUCAGAAUCACAGUUCUGUUUAUUGGAGUUCUUGCAGUUUCUUGCCUUGUUCUGUACGGGUCUGCCAACCCUUUUGAAUUCCUGCCUCGCUCCUUGGGUUACUCCUCUGAUUCGGAUUCACUUUCCGUGUUAUACCAUCAAACUUACAAGAGGAAAGUUGAUUUGGAAUUGGGGAGAGUUUUGAAUAAAGCAUCCAUGAAAGGUAAAACUGUGAUCUUAACAACAUUGAAUGAUGCAUGGGCAGAGCCUGGAUCUAUAUUUGAUCUCUUCUUGGAGAGUUUUCAAAUUGGAGAGAAGACUAAAGAACUCCUAAAUAAUUUGGUGAUAAUAUCCCUGGACCAGAAGGCACAUGCUCGUUGCUUAGCUAUUCAUCCACAUUGCUAUGCUCUCAAAACUGAAGGGCUUAAUUUUACAAGAGAGGCACCCUUCAUGUCUGAAGAUUACCUGAAGAUGAUGUGGAGAAGAAUAGAAUUUUUGAACACUGUUCUUGAGAUGGGCUACAGCUUUGUUUUCACGGAUGCUGAUAUCAUGUGGCUUCGAAAUCCAUUUCCACGGUUCUAUCCAAAUGUAGAUUUUCAGAUAGCAUGUGACAAGUAUUAUGGCAAUCCUAAAGACAAAAGCAAUCGACCCAACGGAGGGUUUACCUAUGUUAGAUCCAAUCUCCGGACGAUUCUGUUCUACAAGUUUUGGUUCAUGUCUAGAAAAACAUAUCCUGGCAAACAUGAUCAAGAUGUAUUGAACAAGAUUAAAAACGAUCGUGUCCUUGAAAAGAUUGAACUAACGAUGAGGUUUCUAGACACUGCUUACUUUGGUGGGUUUUGUGAACGUAGCAAGGAUUUUAACAAGGUCUGUACCAUGCAUGCAAAUUGUUGCUAUGGUUUGGAGACUAAAGUUCAUGAUCUUAAAAUUGUGCUUGAAGAUUGGAAAAAUUACACGUCGUUGCCUCCAAAUGAAAGAGCUUCAGCAUCGCCCUCUUGGAGAGCUCCUCAAAAUUGCAGGACAUAAAUCCAGAAUCAAGCUUCCAUGUACAUCUGGAUUCCUUCCAUUUUCCUGAUACAUUCAAGAACACUGAUGGUUAUCAUGUCCCUGUGACAAUUGUAUGAAAUCAGUGAAGGUGCAAAGCGUUUACUGUUCAAAGAUUGCUUUUAGCGUCUGCCUCAAAAACAAGUGAUGUUUACAGUUUUAAAACCAUAGAUCAGUUGUUAAAGCGGAAAUCUAGAAAUAGCAAAUACCUUUCUAAACCCACCACCAUGGAUGUUCCCAGAGUUAUUUUUUGACUCGAUUGUAUGUGUUUGGAAUU